CAUGGCAUCGGGAACCAGCUUUCAGCGAAAAACACGUGCUAAAGUUUCCCAAAUUGCUGGUGUGAAGCCUUCCUUGCAAAAUAACCAACUUCUUGUCUCUACUGGAGUGCCGUCCUUUGACCUAGUCAUAGGUGGGGGAAUAGCAGUUGGAUCUGUUGUCAUUGUAGAGGAGGAUACCUAUGGAAACUAUGCGAAGUUGUUGCUGAAGUAUUUUCUGGCUGAAGGUGUGAUGUGUAGCCAUCACUUACAUGUUUCCAGUGCUGAUCUCUCUCCUGAUGAACUCUUGAAGGAGCUACCCGGACCAGUAACAGAUGAGCCAGUUACCCAGCAUCCUGACCAAGCUGAUAACACAGGCUCUGACUCAUUGAAAAUAGCCUGGAGGUAUCAGAAUCUACCGAAACUCCAGCCAGGCCAAGUGGCUUCCAAGUUUGGUCAUUAUUAUGAUCUGACCAAGACUAUGUCACCAGAGAGAGUUGAUGCUGUGGACAAAACACUUUUUGAUGUAGCUCAAGUCACCAAACAACAAGAUGCAGACAGCAAAUCUCGAUAUGUUCCCUUACUACGAUCUGUCAAACAGAUGAUUGACACAGGGCAAUUUUUAACAAAGUCUACCACUGAAAAGAGAAACAUUCUCAGGAUAGGUAUUCAUUCCUUGGGUUCACCUCUGUGGGGUGAAAAUGGUGGAGUUGGCUCCCUUGGAUCAGGUUAUGACGCUGCCUUACCCAGGUUUUUGAUAGGGCUGAGGGCCUUGUUGAGAAGUGCUUAUGCUGUUUGUUUACUCACUGUGCCUUCACAUCUUUUCCAGGACAUUGGUUUUACAUCCCGGAUAGAGAGGCUGGGGGACACAGUGGUGGCCCUUCAGAGUUUUGCUGGAUCUGACAAAGAGAAAAACCCAUUGUACAAAGAAUAUCAUGGUUUGUUCAAUAUUAUUCAGCUGCCUCAUCUAAACACGCUCACACCACACAUGCCAGACACAAUGGAUUGGGCAUUCAAGCUUAGGAGAAAGAAAUUCACCAUCGAGAAAUUGCACUUGCCUCCAGAGUUAUCAGAAACAACAAGUCGCUCUCAGGAAGACCCAGCCCCAAAUCUGAAGCAGUCACGCUGCGGCAGUUCAUCAGGAAGCAGCAAGCUGGAUUUUUGAGUUACCUUCAUUUGACAAAGAUCAACAAAAAGACAUUCUGAGUGCAUAGCUUGGGAUGGAUAGCUUUUAAAUCAUCACGUUAGCAUAAUUGAGAUCACAGACUUGAGAACAAGAUCGUCUUUCCGAUUCUGAACACAGACAAAUGUAAGUCUGUUUUAACUGUUGUUUUCUGUUGUGUAUUAUUUAUAUAAAGGUGAAGCGUCAGGAAUUUUUGUGCUGAUAAAUGUGCUAUCUCACAGUGGACUUCAAUUUUCUUAUUGUCAAAGAAGAAACAUUUAGUUUUAUGACAUUCCAAUCUGAGCUCAGCCAGAUAACAUCAUAGUAUGGGAUUGCUGUGAAUUCAACACCAUCUCAUGUUGACUUUCUUUCAUGUCAUACGUGGGAACAUCUCCUAGUAAUCUGCGGAGGGUUGUGGGUUUCCCCCAGACUCUGCCAGGUUUCCUCCCACCAUAAUGCAGGCAGCUGUAAUAUAAUUGAAAUAUUCCUGAUACGCAGGUAAAACUCUAGUCAGAUAAAUAAACAAAUAAAUAGUUUUGAUUGUGACUCUCACCACAUUCCCCAUAGUUAAUGUUCCAGUUUGACCUUUUCACCCCAUGCAACCAAGUGGGCUUGUUAUGUCCUCGCACAGAUCGCCUAAUCUACAUUCAGGUGUUAAUUUCAGUCUUGCACAAAUUUCAGAUAAAAGCCAAAGCAUGUGUACAUGAAACAUGCAGUUACAGAAACAUUGUUGUGGGUUUUGUUUUCUCAGACCAUUACCCAAUGAUCUUGACAUUGUGUUAAAGUUCUUAGUGGUGAUAUUCUUGUAAUUGGAAAAUAGCGAGUACAUAAGUAGGGUACAGCACAUGCAGGCAUACACAGUUCAGACCACAAGGGUCUGAGAAAUGGAGUUAGGUGUUCAAAUCCAGCUCGCGCUACAUGAAACUGGGCAUCAUCCUUCAGUGGCUCGCUCUUCUCAAGCGAAGGAAUGCCAUUUACCAGUGAGGUUGAAAUGAACCCAGCUCCAAGUCAUUCAUCUGCAGCCGUAAAUCAGGAUGUUCUGCCAGUACCUGGAGAGGCUUCCCCUGGUCUCUGUUUUGUCAGUGAAAUAUUCUUGUGCAUAACAUAAAGAAUAAUUCAGUUUAAAUAAUAAUUUUGUAAGUGAUUAAUGUUCAUAAAAGUCACAAAAUAUAGCUUUUGGUACUAAAAUUUACCCUUUUCCUACCUUCCAAUCAAACCUCAAAACACCUUUGCAAGAUCAACCAGUCACAGACAAAAUUUUACAAUAAUUCUUCAAACUUUCACACUCUUUUUCAGGCAUAUUCUGAAGGCAUUAAUCUGUGUUGACUGAUAAAAUUAUAGUGUUUGUGAAGCCCAGAAACUGGCCCAUCCAACCAAUGUACACGUAGUUUGGUCUCCACAAUCCUCUUAAAUAAAUUUUUUGGCACUAAAAGUUGUUCUUUCGUGUGUUAAAAGGUCGAGGAAUUAACUAUAAAUAGACAUUGUCGCCCACCUGUGAAAAACACAGACAUGCUCUACUGUAGUUCUCGGUCUGGCAGCAACCAGUGGAACAUCAUGUUUGCUGCUGCUGUAUAAGUGAAAUAUUCUUGAGUAUGGCUUAAAGCAUUAAUCAUGUAAUCAA